ACAAUAACAAAAAGUCUGGCAACUUUGAAUUUUAUGGAAGCGUCGUUUACAAAUUGCGCCUGGAAAGUAAAUAGUGAAGCGCUUGAAAUUUAAAUUUAUAUUUAAAAAACAAUGAAUUUCAAUGAAAUUAACCAGCAAAUAUUUGACACUAAGAAACGUCUAACAGCAAUGAUUAAAAAAGAAAGGCUUGCGGAGAAGCAAAUGGAUUCUCUAGCUAUUGAGAGCUCAAAAUAUCACAUCGAUGUUGGUAUCAGCAUUUAAGGAAACUUCUGAGCAGCAGCAACGUGAAUCUGAAAAAAUACUUAAGUUGGUGAUUCAACGACGCAAAGAUCUGGAAAAACGUGCCACUUUUAAUGAAGUUGUGCAAGAAAAAACAGCUGCUGCCAAACAAGACACGGAAGCGAUGCAGGAGCACUUGGUCAAGACGAAGCAAGAGCACGACCUACUCAGCGGAUGUGUACGCACUUUAUGCAAUGCAACCAACACGUUUGUCAGCACAAAGGAAUUACCCGCUCGGAUUAAAGGUGUCAGUGUUUCCCAAAGCGGAACUCGGUGGAUGCCCUUUGAUGUGGCUGCAAGUGAUUUGGAAGGUCUAAGCACGAUGUGGGACCGGCUACAGAUACCCAGUGCAAAUGCUGAUAAGUGGCGACAGCUCAUGUCUGUUGAUAAUCCUCAGAACGACAAGGAAAACAACUAUACAACAGCAGCAACAUCUAUAAUUGAAAUUGAUCUAACCUCGCCAGUGUCCCAGAAAUGAUUAAUCGAACAAAGUGUCAUCUUAAAAAAAAUGUAUUGAUAUGCUC